ACCCGGGGCCAGGACAAUCUUUUUUAAUUAUUAAAAUUUGUAUACUUUAUUACUUUAUAGUUUUACUAGUUUUAGAUAUUAUGGUAAACUCAAAACUGGUAAAUGACAUGACAUAAUGUCAUAAUAUGUGUGGUGUGUUAUAACUUAUUAUAUUAUUUAAUAAUUUUGGUUUAAAAGGUAUAAUUCUUGCGAUACCUAAUGGUUACAGUUAAUUCACUAACGCACUUGUUUAAAAUACCUUGUAUAUUUAUUUAAAUGCUCCCGUUUAACAGAUAUCUGAAGUUUAAUUUAAAGUAAAUCAAAGUUAGAAGAUAUAACAUGUCAAGUUUAACCGAUGAACAGCGUAAAAUGAUUGAAGCAAAUAGAAAAGCUGCCCAGGCCAAAUUAGCAGCAAAAUUGGCACUUAAAAGUACACCUCAGCAAGCAAUUAGUAAUAAUAAUCAAUGCACAUCAUCAAAAGCUGGAUUUGUUGUAUCGCCAUCACCUAAUAGAAAGUCAGUCCAUAUGAAUUAUAAUUAUAGUCUGCAGAAUUCUAAAUCUAAACUUGUUCGUGGAACUUGUGAAAUUAUAUCAAAAGAAAGGUUUACUGUACAUGUUACCUAUCAUCAAAAAUUAAUCGAUACUUUUAAAACAAUAUCAAGUAAAAAUUAUGACCCAAAAACAUCAGAAUGGUCAUUUCUAAUAAAAGACCAUGAUCAGCUUAUGAUAAGUAUCAAACCUCUUGAGCCUAUAGUCAAAAUAGAAAAGUUACCACAUUUUAUUUUAAAAUUGUUUAAAACUAGAGAAGAUAUAGAAACACAUUGGUCAAAAGUUGACAUAAGUAGUAUUGGUGAUGAUAUGGUGGAUAGUCUUUAUCCAUUUCAAAAACAAGGAGUCCAGUUUGGAAUAUCUAAAAAAGGUCGCUGUAUUAUUGCAGAUGAUAUGGGCUUAGGAAAGACCAUACAAGCAAUUGGAAUUAUAAAAUAUUAUUCAAAUAAUUUUCCUUUACUCAUUGUUUGUCCUUCAAGUAUGAGGUACACAUGGGAAGAAGAAAUUCGUUUAAAAAUGCCAAAUGUUCCUGUAACUGGGAUUUAUGUAUUAUCUAAGAUAAAUGAACAAUUUAUUGAUCCAUCUAUUGUUAUUACUUCAUAUGAUUUAAUGACCAAAUCAAAAGAUAUGCUUUUAAAAUUUAAAUUUGGGAUUAUUAUAUUUGAUGAAAGUCACAGUUUAAAAAGUGAAAAAUCAGCUCGGACAAGAGUUGCACUUUCUCUUGCAAUACAAAGUAAGCAGUGUAUUUUGUUAAGUGGUACUCCUGCUUUGUCAAGACCGAUUGAACUGUAUAGUCAGAUAAAAGCAAUAACCCRAAAUAACUUCAUGACUCCGAUCGAAUAUGGGGUUCGUUACUGCAACGGGCGAGAAACAAAUUAUGGUUGGGACUUUACAGGUGCCACUAAUAUGAAAGAGUUAAAAAUUGUUCUAGAAACUCAUUUUAUGAUUCGUCGUUUAAAAAGUGAAGUAUUAAAGCAGUUACCACAAAAAAUUAGGAAUGUAGUAGUUUUAAAAUCAGAAAAUAUCAAAGCUCGUACUCAAAACAUAGAUGAUUUGGAGACCAUGAUGAACAAUAAGUCUCUCAAAAAAAUGGAAGUUCGUGGUGCUUUAUUAAAAUAUUUUAAUCAUACAGGAGAAGCCAAAUUAUCUGCUAUUUGUGAUUAUAUUCUAAAUUUGCUUAAAGAAGGAAAGAAAUUCUUAGUAUUUGCUCAUCAUCAAAAAGUAAUCAAUGGUAUAUGUGAUGUCCUAGAAAACAAUAAAACUUAUUACAUUCGAAUUGAUGGUAAAACAUCAUCAGAAGAAAGAAAAUGUGUGUGUGACCAAUUCCAAAGUGAAGAUAUGUAUAGGGUAGCUGUUCUUUCAAUUUGUGCAGCAAACUCUGGUAUUACUCUAACUGCUGCAAAGCUUGUUAUAUUUGCUGAACUUUACUGGAAUCCCGGUAUAUUAACCCAAGCUGAAGACCGAGCUCAUCGUAUUGGUCAAGCAGAAACAGUAACCAUACAAUAUCUUUUGGCAAAAGGUACAGCAGAUGAUCAUAUUUGGCCAUUGAUCCAGUCUAAGUUAAAUGUUUUAAACAAAGCCGGUCUUAGUAAGGACAACUUUAAAGAUGACAGCACCACAGUUAUUAACUGUUCAACAAAAUCAAACCAAAUGAAUAUUCUUGAUUUCUUAAAUGACGAUAAUGAUGAACUAGAUGAGAAUGAUUUGAAAUAUUUGGAUGAAGUUGAAGAAUCACAAUGCAAACGUCCACGCAAAUGUUAAAUUAUUUUUAGUAAAAAUAUUUUUUAAUUUUUUUUUUCAUUCAUUUUUCAAUCUAAGUAAAUAAGAGAAUUAUAUCACUGAAUGCUGAAUAUUUAUGUACAAAAUUAAUGUACUUAACAAGUGAAUUAAAUUAAUGUUGGUUUAUUAAUAUAUUUUAGUAAUACAAUUUCCCUACUAACAUAGUAAGUAACAUAUUACAAUAAGUGUUUUUUACAGUAAGGGUGAUAGUACUUAAAUAUAAAAAAGUUAAUAUCCUA